AAUGAACAUUACGCCAUACGUAAAAUAUGCUAGCUACAUAAAUCAAGAUCCGGGCACUUUCAUUGGUUUGUAAAGCAUAUAACAGGAAUGGAAUGACGAGAUCUCGUAUUGGAUUGCUCAGGCCACAGCAAGGGAUACCUAAAAAGCAGUAUGACGACAUAUAUCUAUACCUGCGGGCUAUGGAUGAUGCUCAUAGGCUUUGUAUGGGCUCAGCAACCCGACGUACCAAAACAAUACGGGUCAUGUACACAGUAUUGUGGAACAGCUAAGCCGCCAGUAGCUACCGGGGUAAUAAAUGUCUGUAUGGAAAGUAACAAUUGUACCUAUUGUAAGUUCGUCCCAAACUGCUGCCCGGAAGUGUCGUGUGAAAACCCCCAGAAGUCACCAGACGGACGCUGCCUCCUCUGUCCAGGAAAGGAGUGUGCGUAUGAAGAAAUCGAGUACAGUGUUAACGAUGUUUUCAUGUCCGUAGACGAAGUGAAUACUUGUAAAUGUAGGAAAGGAGGGAAAGUGAAAUGUAAAAAAAAUCCUCUCCCGCCACUACCUGAAUUUUGUUCCUAGAAGUUUAAUGUAGCAAAAUUGUGUUUUUUUCAUUUUCUGAAAAUAAAAUCUUUUAUAAUUUGUAAAAUUUGUAA